UCAAGGCCGAGGGGCCUCGCUAGGCUUCAAAGGAAGAGGAGAGAAGAGGCGAGGCAACGAUGGCGGCUCCCAACACGAGCAGCGGGCGGAAGAUGUCGCUGCGGAGGUGUGAAAUGUGUGACACAGAAGAAGCAAAAUAUCGGUGCCCACGUUGUAUGAAAUAUUCAUGCAGUUUGACUUGUGUGAAAAAGCAUAAAACUACAUUCAGCUGUAAUGGAGUCAGAGAAAAAACGGCUUUCGUUUCUGUGAAUGAGUUCAGUGACUUAAAUCUUUUAAGUGAUUAUAGGUUUCUGGAAGAUGUGGCAAGACUGGCAGAUAGUGCUGUACGAGAUGAUAUCUUACACAAACCAAAAAGCCAUAAAUUUGUAAACUUCUUGAAAAAUCGGGCUCGAAGGCACAACAUCCACCUACAGACUUUGCCGGUUGGAUUCACAAAAAGGCGUGAGAAUUCUACAGUUUUUAGCAAGAAAGAACAAAAGUUCUUCUGGCAUUUGAAGCUCAUUUUUCCUCACAGUCAUGCUAAAUUCACAGAAAAAAGGGUGCCAGAUGAUAAACCACUCUGUGACAUCCUUAAGGCCUACAUCGAUCCUCAAGCAUCUGAUCCUGUCAUUUGUCAGAGAUUAAAAAUUUACACAACGUCUUCUCCAUCUGACAUACAAAUUGUAAUGAAAGUAGAAAACAAGCCACAUGUUUCAGCCAGGUAUGAAGAACUGGAUGCUAACAAAGGUCUUCUAGAGAAUUUGAAAGGGAAAGUUGUCAUUGAAUAUCCAACUUUACACGUGGUUUUGCGAAAGUUCAAGACAGAUAUGGUGCUUCUGAGCCACAGUAACAAAGAAGCCAAUAAAUCCAGUAAAGACUUGGUUAAGGAAAGCUCAUCUGAAGAAGAAGAAGGGGAAAUCCAUGACAGUUCCUGAAGAAGCCAAAUUGGAUGUGGGGUUGAAGCAGCUUAAUUUUUCACCUGACGUCCUGGAAAUAUAUCAGUUAUGAACAGCUAUUUUUAAUAUGUAACAUCCCAGCUUUCGACCUAUUGAAAGCAUUAUCGUCUGUUAUUGUAAACAAUGAAUUUUAAAGAGCCUAACUUUUGCUUCAUUUCCUGAAAAUAAAUGACAACAAAGACC